CAACUUAUCAGACCUAACCCUAUAAGUACCCGCCAACCUCCAUCAUUUGCUUGUUGCCACCAAAUUUGAAGUCUAUCUUCUUAAAGUUCACCGAAAAAGCUGCCGCACGAAUUAUCUUACUCUUCACUUCCCCAUUUGAUAUUAACUCACUUUGCCAUGGAAGGAUGUUCUUCAAGAGGGAAUCGGAACAAGGAGAAUGACGAAGAGACGGGGAAGAAGAGGGGAUCGCGGUUGCGAUGUGAUGCACCCCGGUACCGAGGGAUCCGGCAGCGCCCAUGGGGCAAGUUUGCGGCCGAGAUCCGGGACCCCUCGAGGAACGGCGCUCGCCUUUGGCUCGGGACCUUUGAGACGGCAGAGGAGGCCGCCCAUGCCUACGACCGGGCUGCCUUUGCCUUCCGAGGCCAUCUGGCCAUCCUCAACUUCCCCAACGAGCAACAAUACUCUGUUCAAAUUGACCGCAAUGUCUGUGGCCACCACAAUUCUUUCUCGGUGUCCCCGUCGCUGUUGUCGCCGUCGUUCUCUUCAGCAUGUUCGUCAUCAUCCGCUGUGUCAGCUCUCGCCGAGCCGUCCAGAGAUGUGAUCGAGUUCGAGUAUCUGGACAAUAAGUUGUUGGAGGAACUACUGAUGUGGCAGAGCGACAAGUAGGGUAAAUGCGGGUAGGCGAGUGCAUAUUUAGGGUUUCCGAAAUUUCAUGGUAAGAAUUUUUUUUGUUUCUUGAUUCUUCGUUGGUGAAAGUUUUCACUUGAGGAAAGAGAUCGCGUGGCAUCUACUUUGCAGGGUUUAUGCAUAUUUUGCUUCAAUAAAUUGCAUUUGGCAA